AUGAGCAAGCCCAAGAGUGUCAUAAUCGUUGGCGCUGGUGCAGGAGGCAUUGCCAGCGCCGCCCGUCUCGCGAAAGCUGGGCUGAGAGUGACUGUCGUUGAGAAGAAUGACUUCACCGGCGGGCGAUGCAGUCUCAUCCACAAAGAUGGCUAUCGAUUCGAUCAAGGCCCUUCCCUACUCCUCCUCCCAGACAUGUUCCGCGAAGUCUUCAUCGACCUAGACACCACGCUUGAAGACGAGGGAGUUAUUCUCCGCAAAUGUGAGCCCAAUUACAAUGUCUGGUUUGGCGAUGGAGAGUGCGUGGAGCUGUCCACCGAUAUCGCGCGCAUGAAGAAUACCAUUGAGCGCUGGGAAGGUAAAGACGGUUUCCACCGAUACCUUGCGUGGAUGCAAGAGGCACACAUCCACUAUGAGGCCAGUGUUGAGCAUGUCUUGCGCAAGAACUUCACCAGCUUGCUCAGUAUGGCAAGACCGAGCUUCCUGCCCUAUCUGCUCGCGCUGCACCCAUUCGAGAGUAUAUGGAAACGAGCCGCGCGCUACUUUCUGACAGAGCGCAUGCGGCGCGCGUUCACCUUUGGAAGCAUGUACAUGGGCAUGAGCCCGUUCGAAGCUCCCGGAACGUACAGUUUAUUGCAAUAUACGGAGCUGGCGGAGGGCAUAUGGUAUCCAGAAGGCGGGUUUCAAAGUGUGCUUGCUGCUCUGCAAAAGGUUGGUGAAAGAUUUGGAGUCGACUACCGUAUGGGCACAUCGGUCCGGCAGGUCAAUGUCGAUGCACAUACUGGUUCUGCAACAGGCGUCACACUACAAUCAGGAGAGAUUCUGAAUGCCGACAUCGUGCUCAUGAAUGCCGACCUGGUCUAUGCAUACAACAAUCUACUACCCACAUCGACAGAAGCCAAGAGUCUUUCUGCGAAGUCGGCUUCUUGCUCCAGUAUAUCCUUCUACUGGUCAAUUGAUCAAACAAUACCUGAGCUCCAUACCCAUAACGUGUUUCUGGCGGAAGAAUAUCAAGACAGCUUCGAUGACAUCUUCAAACGACAGCAGAUACCGAAGGAACCGUCGUUCUAUGUCAAUGUCCCUUCACGAAUUGACCCUUCCGCAGCCCCUCCCAACAAGGACAGCAUAGUUGUGCUUGUGCCGUGUGGUCAUCUGCUGGAAGGUGAAGCCGAUCGUGGCAUCAGCAGUCAGGACUGGGACGGCAUGGUCAGCAGAGCCAGGACUGCCGUGCUGCAGACUGUGCGACAACGUAUCGGAGUCGACCUACGGCCACACAUAAUACACGAGUCCAUCAACACACCAGCAUCAUGGAAAGAACGCUUCAAUCUUGACAAAGGCGCGAUCUUGGGGUUGAGCCAUUCAUUCUUCAACGUCUUGAGUUUCCGGCCCAAAACGAAACAUGCCAGUAUUCGGAACCUUUACUUCGUUGGGGCAAGUACACACCCUGGAACUGGCGUUCCUAUUGUUUUGGCAGGCAGUAAAAUCACAGCCUCCCAGAUCCUGGAUGAUCUAGGCAUGGUGAAGCCGUGGAGUACGGGUGUUCACCAGCGAAAAGUGGUUAGCAGCCUCGAUCAAGACGGCUCAAUACCUUUCGACCUGGUGAGAACGCUGCUUGUCUUGAUUGUGCUGCUGGUCGCCAUUGUUCUAUACACUGUGGCUGAUCGGCGUACCUGGGCUUGA